AUGACGCCCAAAUCCGAAAUCGAUGAGGCUGAUAUUGAGAUCAAGUCAGAAGGGAAAGAAUCGCCGAAGAGCACCGACCAUUCUACGAAGACGUCCAGCAAGUCGGCCGCCAAACGACGCACCAAGACCGGCUGUCUCACCUGCAGAAAGAGGAGAAUCAAGUGUGGUGAAGAGAAACCUUUUUGCAAAAACUGCAUCAAGUCGAAGCGCGAAUGUGCUGGAUAUGUCCAGCCACUGGUCUACAAACAGCAGCAAGGCCUGUCCACUCAGGAUCCCGGCAGCAGAACCUCCUUGAGCGACGGAGAGUUUCGCUUCAAUGAGGGCUUCGGGCUUGUUGGCUCCAGCUCCCAAGCACACUUCGGCCCAUUCAAUCCUUUCCUCUCGCUACAGAACCAUUUUGCACACUCGAUCAAAAAUCACAAUCAUGCUAGCCGAUCACAAGCCUUUCACUAUCAUCCGCCCGACCCAAGCCAGCCGUACGCGCACCCACCAGCAGCACAGUCUUUUGACAGCUAUAGGCGGCAUAGCUUCCAACAUCACAAUGCGCACUUGUUUGGAUAUGGUGCCGGGCUGCCGGCGUUCACAAAUGCCCAGGAAGGCAGUUGGGCUGGCCGGCCACAAACCGGCAUGAUGACCACACAAGCCUCUUACUCUCAAGAAGAUUAUGGACAACCAACUACCAUGAUGGCGUCGCCCGGUGCCUAUUCCGAAAGCUAUGCAGGUGUUCCGGCAAGCUACUUGUCUUUCGACUCGGCACCGUUGCAUGCUGAUGUUGCUUCAGACCCUUCUCCUAGACGACACAGCGUUUAUGGCUUCGUCCAAGCUGCACCGCUAGACCCAAAGAUGCCUAUUUUAUGUGCUCCAGAUACCGUGUUGGACGACGAUGAUGACAAGGACUACGCAUCUGAUGUCGACAUGGACGACAUGUCGCAAAAUGCAACACACUAUGUUGAGGUAGAGCGUGGAAAUGUCAACAGCCUGGACGGACAUGUUAGCGCACGAAGCCUUCCGGAACGAACAUCACGUCCACGACAUCCUGGGACCUUGAGGCUAGUUCAACAACCUGCACCACAACCACCUCUACUAGACUCGCGAAAUGAGAUGGUGUUCACACAUUUUGUCAACAUCCUGGGACCAUGCAUGUCGAUAUUCGAAAGACCUCCAGUCGAUCCUUGGGCAUCACCCCUGCAGACGUUGUGGUCCUACACCUUACCCUCCGCGGCCAUGUCUAACACCGCCCUCGCUCACGCUAUAUUAGCCAUAUCCGGGCUGCACAUUGCUAAGCUACAACAGUCUUCCGAAAGCCCUUCCCUGAAGCACUUCACCUAUGCUGCCAGAAGGGUAGGCAGACAACUUAGUUUACCGGAGAGACGCCACGAAAUCACAACCUUAGCGACAGUGCUCCUGCUGGGAUUUUACGAAGUUCUAGGCGCCGAUCAUUCACGCUGGAACCUCCAUCUCGUCGGUGCAACUAAGCUAGUGACCGAGCAUGACCUCUCUGGCCUUACUUGCACGAUGAGGCGCGCCAGGGCUCAAGCCAGACAAAUGGCGGCAUACGCCAACUCCGCGCUGACUGAGGCCGACUUGGAACAAGCCGGCAUUGCACCAUCUCUGCUCAACGAUGUAGAUUGGGAUGUUGAUGAGAAGCUAGUGUCUGCGUUGACUGGUCUCGGCAUUAAUUACGAUACACCUGCCCGAGGGGUCGCAUACGAAGCUAGGGCCCCCCAACCCGUGACCGAACGUGAAUUGGCGAAAUACAAAACAAAGUUGGAUCUGUGGUGGUGGUUUUGCAAACAAGAUAUGUUUCAAUCGCUGGUCAGUGGCGAAAGACUGCUCAUGCCAUUUGAGCAAAGAAGACACUGUCCGCCUCGUAGUCGCAUCGGUGUUGGCGAUGCAGCUUAUGGAACUUUCGACCAUCUCGUGCUGUUGAUCUCACGGUUAUCUGACUUCGGCGGCAAGGAUAGACAUCGAAAGCAGCAGGCCAUACAGGCGUCAGGCCAACAGUGGAGGCCGCCAGGUUGGCUUUUCGCGAAACAUCCACAUCGCUCUGGCUACGCAAAUCCCAGUACCACAGCCCAAAGCCACACAACAGCACAACGGCCUUUUGCUGAACAAGCAAGCGCACCUGCAAACGACACCGACCAAUAUCAUGAGCGCCACCGUACUCCGAAUGCGAAUGAAGGACGAGUCAGACACACCAAGCUGAGCGUGCCAUUCGGCGCUGUACAAGGAGAUCCACCAAUGUUUGGAAUGAUGCCGCCACCACCUGUGCCUCCCAAGAUGCAUUCGUCAUUUCAUGCGAUGGAUAGGUCUCUCAGAGCUGAUGGCACAACCUCUCCCCCCCGAGAGCAGCGAAAUUCGCCUCCCCACGCUAGCCUGGAAGAGCAGACAAAGGCGGCCCUUGCUGAGCAUGCAACAAUAGCAAAGGCUUUUGACCAUUUUCAUAAAUGUUUGGGAGCUGAGUUCCAACCAGUUCCCAACGAUCCCACGCUGACGUCUUCUCCGUUCGGCCCGAGGUUGCGCUACAGCAGUCCAGAGAUUGCAUGCAUAUGGGCGCAUUAUCACGUCGGUCGGAUUCUUUUGUACCGUCUGCAUCCGGACAUGCCGCCCGCCGCCAUGGUCGCCGCCGGCAUAACCUCCCAGCUGACGAAGAGCCACUCGCAAAUCGUUGGCCAGAUAGUAGCUGGCCUCUUCGCAUCAAUUCCAGCCGGUAACCCUGGAGAGCCUCUUUCACCUCGUUACGCCGGAGCUUUGAUGGAAAUUACGUUCCCGAUCUUAUUCAGCAGUAUCCAGUACACAGACAUGUCCCAACGUGGCUGGACUAUCAACAAGCUACAUGACAUCGCCCAGAUGACCGGCUGGGCCACGUCAGGAGCGGUCGCAGCGGCGUGCGAAAUCGCUUGGGAGAAACUAGGCCAGGCUGGUAAAGGACCUCCCUAUGCUCGGUCACUCGAUCGCAACAACAAAGACGUCAGAAUCAACGGCAACUUGAGACGACUUGCUCCACAGCUUGCUUCCAGUGUCAGCGAGCUUGAGAGUGAACACGAGUCGCAAUUUGUGAGUCACGACCGAUCGCUGAUAAGCAAGUCUGGACCGAGCAGAGUUCACUGGGCUAUGGGUCUUCUUUCGGUGGAAGAAGACGUAAAGAAGAUGAAUAUUGGUCAAGAUUGA